AUAGCUCUUUAUAAUCCCGUGGCUGGUUAUUGGUCUUAGUCUCUAAUUAAGCAGAGAUGAUUUCAAAAAGAGUACUGUUGUGGGUUCUUGUUAGUUGUUAUAAGAGUUUGAUGCACUUGAUUCUCAAGGAAAAGCUUUUUUGGAUUUUAGUUUGGAGGUCUUAGGAACUUAAGCUUAGAUGUUUGAAUUGAAUGCACAAGUAGUAAAUCUCCCUUUGUUUAUUUGCAAAAUACUUAUGUUUCCAAGAAAAAGCAUGAAGUGGAGCUGUAGUCAUUUGGAGCUAUUGAAAUUUUCUGGCAACUUUUGUAGCCUGAAAAAUUUUCCAUAAGGAGAGUGAUCAUGAUUUUCACAUUUUAACCUGAUUGCCACGUUUGUUUGAAAUACUUGGUUUGGGAACUAGAAUCAAUGAUGCUUCAGUGAUCCCUCAAUUAUCAGUUUGCCUGUACUGAAAUUAUGCUAUUUGCUAUCCUUUUCAGCUCACGCACUGCUGUUGCUCCCUUGGAGAGAUUAAAAAUUUUGCUCCAGGUUCAGAAUCCUCAUAGUAUAAGAUACAACGGAACGAUCCAGGGUUUGAAAUAUAUUUGGAGAACUGAGGGGUUCAGAGGAUUGUUUAAAGGCAAUGGUACUAACUGUGCUCGCAUCAUCCCAAACUCAGCAGUGAAGUUUUUUAGUUACGAGGAAGCAUCUAAGGGCAUUUUGUGGCUUUACCGGCAGCAAACUGGAAAUCGUAUGAACUUAUCACUUUUUUCUUUCCUUUCUCUUUUCAUUUUUUUUGUUGCUUUUGUUGUGUCAAAGAAAAAGAAUGCAGUGAUUAUCUUAUUGGGGACGAUCCAUUUAUGCAUGCCAUCAAGCAUGUACAUUUCAUGUUCUUUCUUUCAGUAAUCUUGGAUUUUGAUGAAAUGGUCGGUAAUUGUUAUUCCUUCUUUAGAGGAUGCUCAGCUCACUCCAAUUCUACGUCUUGGAGCUGGUGCCUGUGCUGGAAUUAUUGCCAUGUCAGCCACUUAUCCCAUGGAUAUGGUUCGGGGCCGUCUAACUGUACAGACUGACCAGUCUCCUCGCCGGUAUAGAGGAAUCUUCCAUGCUCUUUCAACUGUCCUCCGAGAAGAAGGGCCUCGUGCUUUGUACAAAGGCUGGCUUCCUUCUGUGAUAGGAGUUGUACCGUAUGUUGGUCUGAACUUUGCAGUGUAUGAAUCUCUGAAAGACUGGUUGAUUAAAAGUAAACCAUAUGGGCUAGUUGACAGCUCUGAAUUGAGUGUCACAACAAAGCUUGCAUGUGGGGCUGCAGCUGGAACUGUUGGCCAGACAGUUGCUUACCCUCUUGAUGUCAUCCGUAGGAGAAUGCAGAUGGUAGGCUGGAAAGAUGCUGCUUCGGUUGUCACUGGUGACGGGAAGACCAAGGCACCCAUUGACUAUACUGGAAUGGUAGAUGCGUUCAGGAAAACUGUCAGGCACGAGGGAAUUGGAGCCUUGUACAAGGGAUUGAUUCCCAAUUCAGUGAAGGUGGUCCCGUCUAUAGCAAUUGCAUUCGUCACAUACGAGUUGGUGAAGGACAUUCUCCAAGUUGAAUUUAGGAUAUCUGACUAAAGACACUCCGAGAUUUUUUUAUCGAUCGUUUAUGUUCAUCUCACUAGUGGAAGGAAUUAUUAGAGAAGGCAUUCUGUCAGGAAAUGUGUUUAGUUUCCAGGAGACAUCUAGAAGCCUACCUUAGUUUCUGAUCUUAGAUUUUUAGCUCUGAUUCAUAUAUGCUUUGUCAAUAAGCAUUGCUAAGUGGUAAUUAGAAAAAGAUGCAGUCACUUGAAAUUAGGCAUUCAUGAUCUAGAUGAAUAAAGCAUUUAAUCCUACCUUACUGGAAAUUAUGGACGGUUCCCUAUGUAACUGGAUUUUACCCCCUCUAUAUUAUUAGAC